UUCUCAAAAUGGCGACGAACAUUUACGAAAAAUCCAAAUUCAGGAGUAGAAUAUCUGGCCUCUAUCUGUUUAGAUUGCUUAGUUUCUUCAUCACAACACAUUCAUGUAUGUCGCACUAGUGAAAAUAUAUAUUAGCUACCGUUCUAUAAAUCCAAGCAACUUUUGAGUCUGUGUUUUACAUGUUAAAAUAACUACAGAUUUUGGAAGGAAUGUCCGUACAAGGUAGUGUGAAAUGAUGGAGAUCUCUGAUGAAGGAACAGAAAAUCAGAUUACUAAUGUUGACGAAGGAACAGAACAUCAUAUUCCUAAUGUUGAAGAAGGAACAGAACAUCAGAUUCCUAAUGUAGAAAUCGAUACUAUGGAUUGCGAGCAAAUUAUUGAGGUUGAGAAUCCACAAGGACAAAAAAAUAUUAUCAUCCUCGUAGACAGGCCUACAGAUAUUAAAUCUACGGAACAGGACGCUGAUUGUUCAAAAAAUGUCCAAAAUUCUGUCCUAGACUAUUACAGUUCUGAACCAGGUGUGUUAGUAAUGGAUGAAUCUAGUCAAGAAUCAAAUCAAUCCAACAAGGGUUCUACAAAGUCUGAAAAAGAGAAAAGUGAGACUGGUACUACUGACAAUAGUGAUGAUACAACAAUAGAACCAUCUGAAAAUUUAAGCAAAUCUGAAUUACAUGAAAAGUCAGUUGAUGUUGAUAGUACAUGUAAAUCUGAAAUGAAACAGGAUGCUGCUGAGACAUCAACAUCUCAAAUGGAUGAAAGUGGAACAGGUUUGUGUACUCAAGACACUGAAACAAAUGAGGGGAAAAUGGAUUUGGAAGAAGAAGAGAAAGAGGAAGAAAAUGAUAUGACAGAAGAACAAAAAGAGGAAGUAAAAGAUAAGACUGAAGCACAAAAAGAAAAAGAAAAUGAUAUGACAGAAGAACAAAAAAAAGAUGAAAAUGAUAUGACAGAAGAAGAAGCACAAGAAAUCCUGAUGAAAGCCCUGCAGAAAAUAAGUCCAAAAAUUGGAAAAGACUUUGUUUUGAUGUUUAAAGACCCAAGUACAUCUAAAGUAAAGGAGUUUUCAUCAGACAAAGGAAGAAAGUUCUUACAACAUAAUACAGAUGUGGUUAAAAAAUUCAGCAAUGUUGUCAGUGGUAAGAAAACUACAAUCUCUGAAGAAAGUACGUCCAAAAUAGGAGGACAUAGUAGGUCAGAAGAUACUGCGAUGGAAUUAGAUGAUGAAACUGACAGUGAAACAGAAGAUAAAUCUCCUGUAAAAAGAGAUAAAAACAUUAAAAAAAAGAUGGUGGAAAUAAAACCUGUAAAAAGGGUUCCAAGAACAUCAGUUAUAAUGAAAAAAUUAGCAAAGUUGGAUGAAAAAGAGAGAAUGAAGAAUUUACAAGCUUACUCUUGUAAAGAAUGUCCUUCAAAAUUUGGAACAAUGGGAAAUUUGAAUAAACAUAUGAAAAAUAAGCAUAACACAGAGGAUGGAUGUAAAAUAGUCCACAAAGUAUAUGAUAGUGAUAACUCUUCAUCAGACAUGAUUGAACAUCAAAAUAAUGAAACAAUGGAAGAAAAUACAGAUGAAACGAAGGUAACAGACAAAUUGGUAGAUGUAAAAAAGAAAGUGAAAGAUGAAAAAAGUGUUGAAUUUAUGAUGAAAAACUGUGGUGAUUUUGAAACAGUGGUUAACGUCUCUGAUUAUGUUGAUCCUCCUGGGGAUAUCAGUGAUGAUGGUUCUGAGAUCACUAAUACUCCAAGAGUAAAAAGAGGGCGAGGAAGACCUCCAAAAAUUAAAAACCCUUUUCUAGAACCUAAAAAACCAGUGGAAAAUGAAAGCAAUGAUGUUGUUAGUCGUGGUAGAGGUAGACCAAGGAAAAAUACAGGAAUAAGUUCACCAAAAGAUACUGUCACUGAAGUAGAUAAAAAAAGCAAAACUGAAAGAAAUUCUAAAAUUAGUUACACUGAUGAAGAUAUGGACUGUUUUAUCCGAACUGUUGAAGAAGAAAAUACAAGAAUGAAUUUAGAAUGUAAAAUUUGCCUUCUCAGAUUUUCUAGUCAUCGUAUGGCAAGAGAACAUAUUGUACAGGAACAUAAACAAAAUCUUGUACAAUGUACCAAAACUCUUGAAAAGUUUCCAGACACAAUUAAAACUUCUAGAUGGGACAAUUAUAUUUAUUACAUUGAAGAUGACAUAAAGGAGGAAAUAAUUCCUUCAGAACUGUUCACAUCUGUAGGACGGGGAGGAAGAAAAAGAACGCCUAGUAAGAAAUUACUGGAAUCAACGUCGGCUCUUAGAACGAAAACAUAUGUUUGUAAAAUAUGUCACAGAAAAGCUAUCCAUAAAUGUGGUAUACUUCAACACAUGAAAAAGUUCCACAUCGAUGAACUGCCAGAAAAAUCAGAAGAUAGUGGAGAGGAAGAGGAGGAGGAAGAAGAACAACAAGAGGAAAGUGAUGAAGAAAUGGAGCAAAACGAUGAAGAUCAAGAUUAUAAACCAACACAUAAAGGGGUUCAUGACAAUGAAGAGGAAAGUAUUAAAAAACCAAGAGGUAGAAAACGAAAGCAGGAAUUAAAUCCUGAAACUUCAGAAUCAACACAAAAGAAGAUAAAGAAUGAAAAAGAUCAGACAAAGGAAGUUCAUGUUAAGAUAGAAGUAGUAGAAGAUGAAAAUAGCCAUGCUCAGAAAAAUGAGAAGGUAGGUGCAACUGGAGAUCUUCAGACAAAUGAAGAAGCAGAUAAAAGUAAAGAUGAGGUCGAUAUGGAUGAAAAUACAACAAACAAUAAUGAUACAAGUAUGAGGGUAAAAAAGAAUGCUUUAUACAGAAAGCCAAAAUAUAUAAAUAAUCGAUCUAGAGCCAAAACUUUCAAGAAAGUUCCAUCAUACUACAAAUAUUGUGAUCACGGUGAAGAAGAUAUCACAAGAAAAUCUACUCAACAGCUUCCAUUCUGCAAAAAAUGUGACCGCUUCAAAUGUAUGACAUGUACAUUGACGUUCAACAAAAGUUCUCAUGUCAACAGACAUGUCAGAAUCAUUCACAACAAGGAAAAAAAAUACAAAUGCCCAACAUGUGAAGCCUGUUUUACUACAAAUGAAUCACUACAAUAUCACAAUAAGUGGCAUACAGGAGUCAAAGAUGUAGAAUGUCCUCAUUGUGAUAUGAAAUUCCUUGUACACAAAAACUUAAGAAAGCACAUGAAUAAACAUCAUCCCGGUCUUAUAACACAAAGGAGAAAGAAAACAAAUUACUGUGAAAUAUGUGACUCGAUAUUCACACGUAAAGAUCGACUUGAAUACCACAUGUUGGAAAAACAUCCUGCAAAUAAUCCAGAUAGAGAAUGUCGUAUUUGUGGACAGAAGUUUGAAACGGAUUUAGAUUGUACGGAUCAUUCUAAUGCCCAUGCAGAUAUGAAGAAGGUCCCUGUAGCAAAAUGUCCCCAUUGCCCUUUAUAUUGUUCAUCAAAAAAUAAUUUAAAGCGACAUGUUGAUAGAGUUCACUUGAACAUAAAGAAAUACCUGUGCAAUGAAUGUGGAAAAAGGUUUAAAGGACGUGAUGCCUAUUUAUAUCAUGCUAAGAGACAUGUUGAUCCUUUUGGUAGAGAUUUUGAAUGCCAUAUUUGUUCCAAGAAAAUUGCGACAGAAAAAGGUUUGGAGAUACAUCUCCGUGUGCAUACUGGUCUUAAACCUUAUGUUUGUGAAACGUGCGGUAAAGGCUUCGCUCAGAAGGGCAACAUGCUAUCCCAUCAGGCCAUUCACUUUGAUGAUAGACCCUUUGAAUGUGAAGAGUGUCAUAAAACAUUUAAGAAGAAAUUUGAUUUGUAUAAACACAAGAAAAGACAUAAAGUUAAACACACUGUGGCUACCGGGGAUAUGACUCACUUAGAAGGAGCUGGGAAGAUAUAUAAUUGUCCAUUAGAGGAUUGUGACGGCAUAUUCUGCAGCACUACCGAUCUUAGAUUACAUAUGAGAAGGCAUAAUAAUGAAAAGCCGUAUGAAUGUUCAAUUUGUUUUAAGAGUUUUGCAGUUAAAAGUCGUUUGAUUCGCCACUUAAGAAACGUCCAUUCUUUGACUCUACCUGAUUCAAAUCUUGAAUCCAUGAAAGAUCCAGAUUUCUUGAAAAAAAUGGAAACUGCUCGGGAAAUGUAUGAAGAGAGGAGAAGACGAUUUCAAACAGUAAUGAUACCUCAGCCUAGCGGAGAACAGAUUGAGGUUCAGAUCAUGACAGAAGAUACUGAGGGAGUGGAAGAUCUCCUUGCAUUAUCAAAUGCAACAACGUUUAAUAAAGAGGUUGUUAAAGAGGAAAACAUGGAUGAAGAUGACCAGAAUGAGGAGAUACAUUUAAAGAUAGAAACAUCGGAGGACAACGAAGGAGGGGUACAGAUAAUAAAUGUUCGGGAAGAUAGUUCUGGAGAAGUGCAGAUUCAUACAGAGGAUGAAAAUAUUGUAUUGGAUCCUGCCAUUAUACAAACUUUACUUAACAGUGGACAACAAACAAUUUACUAUUAUGUUGAUCAAUAAACGGAGGUUAUUCUCAAUGUCAAGUCAGAUUUAGUUGGCAACACAUGAUUUACUAUUAUGUUGAUCAGUAAAUGGAGUAUAUAUCAAUGAAUGGGGUAUUGCUCAAUGUCAAAUCAGAUUUACAUUAUAUAUGUAUUUUCAACAUUUUAUAUUGGUUUAAAUAUGGAAUCAAUCAGAGAUUUAAUUUUUAUCACUGUUAAAGGUUCUGAACAGUUUAAUUUCAGAUUUCUCAGGUUCUUUAUUUAAUAAAAAUCAGGCACAAGUCAAAUAUGCAAUAGUAUUACUCAGUACAUACAUUAUUUUCUGUUCCACUUUUAACGUAAAAUUAUGAAAUGUUCUGACAUUUCAUUCUCAGUGAGUCCUACAUAUUUUUAACACUGAGUUAUUUGAAUUUUUCUCUUUACACUAAAAAUAUUUCCACAAAAUUUGACAAAUCUGCCAAAAGCAAAUAAUUGUUGCAUUAUGUUGAAUGAAUUAAAUGAAAAUAUGCACAGCAUGGUUUAGAUGCAGAAAAAAUGUUUAAAAGGACGUUUUUUUAUAAAAUUUGUGAAACAUGAUAUUUUUUUCAUACAUUUCAAACGUUUUAUUUCAUUAACUGUAAAUCUAUUAUGUGCAUUCCCCUAUCACACUGAAAACAUAGACAACAGCAAAAGUAGGCGAGACACUGGGUUCUGAUGAUACCCUUACAAUUUUUUUUCUUAAUUUACAAUAUUUAAGCCUUUAUUCAGACAUAUUUCUAUUCAUAAUGACCUAUAUUUAAACUUAAAUUACUCUAAUUGAGUUUUGCAUUUAGGAUCAUGUAGUGAGUUCGUUUCAUUUUGCCAAGUUUUUAAAAGUCAUGUGGUUAAUUGUCAGUGUGACUGUUGUAUAUAUAGAUGAAUACAUGUAUGUCAAACAAAGUUCAGUAUCAUGUAAAUAUUGUGUAAACGAUUCUUUUUUAUGGUACAUAUUGCUGUCAUUGAUAUAUUUUGUUGGUUUUUUAUUGGAGUAUAGAUUGCAUUCAUGCAAUGAAAAUCUUUAUGUGACUGUUAUAAAAUCAUUGUUAAAAUGAUAUUUAAAAUUGGAGUUAUCUUUCUUUGUUUAUAAUUGUAGUUGAACCAAUUCAUAGUAUUUUUCCAAUGCUCAAUUCAAAGCUAAGUUUAAUUUUUAGUUCCGACUGCAAAAUGAAUCCAAUUUUUACCCUCCAGUGCUCACAAGCACUGGUAUUUAUAAUUUUGCAAUUUAUUUGCACAUUUGUCAUAAAAGAUACAUAAUCAUUAUUUCUUUAAAUUGUUGAAAACUGAAAUUACUUUCCCUAAUUGCUAUCAGAACCAUAACACUUACAACAUGUACAAUGAUUAAGUUAAAAAAUCAAAUUGGCUGAAAAAUUGUAAUUUUCCUCUCAUCAUGCUAAUUGUUAAACUAUUUUAGUUUUUCAGAAAUGUAUGUGGGGAAAGUAUAUAUUGCUCUUUGUAUAAGUACUGGGUCAGUCUUUAACAUUCAUAUAAAUCUUUUGCAAUUUGGUUGGCAUUUUUUUUUUCUGUUGCUUGUUGUAUAAGUCUGUAUUAUAAGUUUUCUUAAAUAUGCAAGUUGUUUUUUUUUCAUUUUCUAGGAAAAUCACUACUGUAGAUUUAUGUCUUGUUCUUAGUGAUAUAUUAAAAAGAAGACACUACAAUUACUGAUUUGCAGGUGAAAAAAGUGGUUAUUUUGCCAGAGAGAAAACGUUUGCGCAACUAUUGUUAAAUUUGGGGGAGAUAACUUUCUCGAUAUUAUCAAAAUCACCAAAUUUUACAAUAAUUUGUGAAAUAUUAUGGAUUGAUUAUUUGUUGAGGACUAAUUUUGGUAAAAUACUGUGAAUUCAUUUAUUUUUGCCUUUAAGUCUGCAUUUAGGUCAAUUGCUUGAUUUUAACAAUUUAAAUAUUAUUUGUUUUACAAGUGUUACAAAUGCGUUUUGUAUUAAACAUAUUUCUCUAA